CCAUUACAUUCAGUGCACGAAACGCCCACUCAGCGCAGUGAAGUCGCCAUCUCCCCCGGCCAUCUCAUCUCCUUCCCGACUGCUCCCAUCGGCCGCCUCCUCUUCCCCUCUUGCUUUUCCUUCCUUUCCAUCUUAAUAUUGGAGUGAUCUGCUGUUUCAUCUUUCUUUUCGAUGGAAACGCUAUCGAACACCAUCUUGCCCUCCGGGCUCGCCGAGACCUGUCCCCCGCGCCAGUACCCGGUUUCUCUCUUUUUCAAGGUCUCGCCCUUCCGCCGUGGGAUCCUACGAACACAAGAGAAUCCAUAUGUUCUGCGGCUCUCGAUCUGUCAGUCCGAUGCCCUGAAGUGUUCCCCGAGGCUUCGAGCCCUCGCCGGUGAUGUUUCCGGGAACAGCGAAGGAGGAGAUGAAGCGGUGGGUCGUGGCUCUGGGUUCCUCCCCGCCGAGGGUGGUCCCUUGAUCGAGAGAGAUUUAGACCUCGGUGGUAGCCAUGAGAUGGGUGUAUCAGAAAACCUGGACAUGGUAAGACCUAUCGCUGGAGGAAGUGGAUCAAGUGGGUCUAGGUCUGGGCUUUUCAGAACACCGAUUUCAGGUGGUGUACAAACUGCAACUUCCACUCAUGAUUUACCUUCUCCAGCCUUGGCUGUUCGCAAUCUAAUGGAGCAGGCUAGGUUUGCUCAUUUAUGCACCGUCAUGUCCCAGAUGCAUCAUCGUCGUGCAGGAUACCCAUUUGGUUCACUAGUUGACUUUGCACCAGAUUCAAUGGGCCACCCAAUCUUUUCGCUUUCACCAUUGGCUAUUCAUACACGGAAUCUUUUGGCAGAUCCAAGAUGCACUCUUGUAGUACAAAUACCUGGAUGGAGUGGAUUGUCAAAUGCACGUGUGACAAUUUUUGGUGAUAUUGUGCCCCUCCCAGCUGAUCAACAGGAAUGGGCUCGUCAGCAGUACAUGGCCAAACACCAACAAUGGUCAUCGCAUCAGUGGGGAAACUUCUACUACUACAGGAUGCAGAGUAUUAGUGACAUCUAUUUUAUUGGAGGAUUUGGGACUGUUGCAUGGGUCAACGUCAAGGAAUAUGAGGCCACCCAGCCUGACAAGAUUGCAGCUGAUGGCGGAGAGCAAAAUUUAAAAGAACUAAAUGCAAACUUCUCAAAACCACUAAAAGAACUCUUGUCAAUGGAAGCGGAGAUAGAUGAUGCAGCUCUCAUAUCCAUAGAUAGCAAAGGCAUUGAUAUACGAGUUCGUCAGGGUGCACAGGUAUGGAAAACAGUUCAAUAUUCAACGACUAUCGUUCGAGGUGGAACACUCGAUCGAGACUCUGGAGGAAGCCAAAAGAGCACUGCAGAAGAUUAUUAAGGGCUACAAAUCAAAUCGAGGUCGCCUUGGUAAAAGCUGAGCACUCUGCAUUUCCAUCACCGGUGUCGUCUAUGACCCAGCGUGGCACGAUAAAUGAAGAUUCCUUUGUCUGUGACUAGAGUGAUGAGAAAUAGGGAUCUGGAAGAUGUAUCUGCUUUUCUCCAAAAUAAAGAAUUUGUUUCAGUUC